AUGUUUGGCGCUGGACAGCUGGGUGCACGUUUGUUUCAAUACGCGCCGCGGCUUCUGAUGACGCAGUUUUCUUCGCUUCUGUUGGGUAUGGCGGCCGGCUACUGCAUUCUCCUGCUGCUGUUUGGCCCACUCUCACUUGUUUCCGGUCUGUUGCAGGUUCUUCUCACGGCAGCGAUUGCCAAAGGGUUGGCGAUCGGUGCACACGUGGGGAUUGCAAAGGGGAUUGCUCUGUUUGAGGGCCAUGUGGGCGGCGGCAGCGGUGCGGGGAGGCAGGGUCACUUGCGGCAUCACACAUGCAACAACGUUGCUCCUGGCGGUGGCGGUAGAAAUGUGAAAGGGUCAUACGACUUUGCUGGCGCCAUGGACGACGCUGCCGUCACCGAGUUGGACUGA